GUCCGCUACAGUAAAAUCCAGAUCAUAUGACUUCAGGCUAUGAAAAUGAAAGCUUGGUGCAGCCAGCUGAAACCUGUGUUGCUUAUUUUGAUCUUUAAUCUCUGUUUUUACGCAAGUUUUCAGCUGACCGAGCCGCAGGUAUGUGAGCUCUGCGGCGGCACCGUGCUUAAUGGCUCCGUAGUGGGUCAGUUUUGCGCCUCAUCAGCCGGUCGGGUACACGGGCGCUGCUGCUUCAGAAAUGACAACACAAGUGGCCAUGAACACAUCAUUGGAUUGGAUCUGUCCAAUUGUUCACUUGCUCGGGUGGAGGAUCUGCAGGGGGCGACAGAGGCAUUAAUGAUAGACCUCUCACUGAAUCCCAUAGUCAACAUCAGUGACACAGUCUUUCAAGGAUUUAGCGAGUUAAAUUAUGUGAUUUUGCCACAAAAAAUAGAUUGUCCUGGAGGCAACUCCUCCUGGGAAAAGGUCGAGGUUAAAGAGGGAAAUCGUCUUUGUGAAGGGCAGAAAGAUAUGUGCAAUCAGACUGGACAGCUGUCCAGUGAAUGCCCGGAGAACUCCCUGUGCGCCCCCUACGGCCCUGGCUUCUUCCAGUGCAGCUGUGCUGACAACUAUCAUGGGUACAAGUGUCUCAGAGAGGGGACGUUCCCAGCUCUGCUGGUGUUUGGGCCUCUUGGAGCAUCGACAGUUGUGGUCUCUCUCCUGCUGUGGGUCACCCAGAGGCGGAAAGUCAAGCCACUCUAAAAGGUUGAACUGCGGUCAACAUGUUCAUGUGCAAUGAUCGACCUAGCUGAAACUGACUGUUCUGAAAGGGAAAACUGACACCAAGUGUGGUAGACCCCCAGGUUUCUAUUCAUUAUUGUACUUUUAGUUUACUUGAACACCUUCUGGUGGGGUAGCUAUCCAUUUUAUUUUGGACAUUUAAAAAAAAAAAACUAAUGACUGCGUUUUCAGGGCAUUUUAGAAAAGAAAUGAUUAUUAACAUGUUACCCCAAGUUUUGAAUUGUUUCUAUUUAUUGAUAUUACUACUGUUGAUUAAAAUAGUACUUUAAACGCAGUGAACUGAGGCAAGAUGUGAAUGAAGUUUUGUUUCAGAUCAUUCUGAAGAUUUUCUUAACGUUUACUGUGCCAAAUAUGCACUGAAUAUGUCCGAAUUCACACAAUGGAACUUGAAUGUACUUUGUCACAUUUAAGGAAACUUGGUACAAUUUGGCGAGUUGUGUAUUGCAUGUUUAACAUGUACAAAGGAAAAAUCAAGUCAGGUUCUCUACGUGUAAAUCACUGAAAACUGAUGUUCAACUUGGAUCUAUGUUUUCAAUCUUUUACAUGAUUAAGUUACAUUCAAAUAAGUUUGACGAAAAGGGAAAAACUGAGUUGAACUACACGAGUAAAUCAUGUCGUUGUCACCGACUGUUUCUAGCCUGGUUUCACUUAAAUUGUUGUUACACUCCACAAUCUGCUGUGAUGUCCAUGUCAUUUUAUUCUUAAUUUAUCUUUUACCCUUGGUAACUUGGCAAACGUUUUGAUGUUGACACGUUUGCAGUUCAUUUACUUCCUCCCAAUGACAUUGAGAGAGGUGAUGUGAAAUGGGAAACACAAAACACAUUCCUGUUUUGCUUGACCUUCAUUUGACCGCUUUUAUGGACCUGAAAACUGAAUCAAUAUGAACUAAUGCAUCGACUGCUGGCUGACUACUGUUAAAGAAAACACUCGGUGUGUAGCUGUGGAUAAAACCCGGCCCUCUCCAAGUUUAGUUUCCCCUCUUCUGUUGUCAUUUGUGCCAAAAUGAAAUUCAAAGCAUGGAAGUAUCA